GACACUUAUUAGUGGACCUACAACACGCAUGAGCUUUAGUACGCAUCUUACGUUCAUACUGACAGCCGCGCAUCAAAUUGAAAAAAUCUCCGUUUACAUGGAUAAUUUUCUAAACUGUAGGUACAUCGAAAACGGCUGGGAAAAGAAUGUAACGCACUCGGUUUCAUAUGAUUCAGUGGAAUCAGUGCCAAAUACGAAGCAGAGGUGCCAAGCGAAUGCACGAGAGAGGGACAGGACGCAAAACAGCGUGAAUAUGGCGUUCAAUGCGUUGCGGCUUCUAAUACCGACGGAGCCACCGGAUCGCAAGCUCAGCAAGAUUGAGAUACUGCGCCUUGCCGGCAGUUACAUCACGCAUCUUGACAACCAACUGUAUACUGGUGUAAUGGAACAACCUUGUCUCCAGAGAAAUGAGUUCAAUUGCAAAAACAGUCCACUCUGUACUUUUUGUUGGUCGACAGUGAAAAAGGAUAUGUCAAGUAAAUCACUGAGCUUUGAUCCACCAUACUAG